UGCGAGUCAGUGCCCGUUGCUGUCCGUGGAAAUCGAAAGGACCACAAGAACACAGCUUGAAAGAAAAACAGUAGUAAAUUAUCAAAUCUCUCUCUCUCUCUCUCUCUCUCUCUCUCUCUCUCUCUCUCUCUCUCUCUCCAUGUUGCGGUUAAACUCAGCAAGUAGUGGGAGUGGUGGUGGGUGGAGUUCAAAAAAGCAGUUGAAAUCUUAGGAUCGUUGAAGGGAUCUUAUCCAAGUAGAACUGUAAAAAAAAGCAUCUUCAAUAUUUGCUAUCUGGGUUCCUUCAAAUUCACUUCAACUGAUCAGUUGUAUUUUCUCCAUCCAUUUCUCUGUGGAAAAAAAUGUUAUGCUUCACAUCAAAAACGUUGCUUCUUUUUCUCUCCCUUUCCUUCUUCAUUUCUUUCGGUUUCGGAAACUCUGACACUUUGCAAACAACAGGUUCUGUAUCGCAGCUGCUUUAGUCUCUUUUCGUUGCCGAAAAUGCUUCCUUUUGUGUUAUAUUUUGAUCUUUAAUGUGUUUGUUUACGGUUUGUGCUCGUGUUGGCAUUGUAGGGGAUGGUGGUGAUCAGAGAGAGCAUGGUGGGGUGGUGGUGACUUGGGGCACAAGAAGGUCUCUAGCAGAAGAAAAAACUCCCCGAAACGCACCUCUGAUGAUAUUGUCUAGGGAGAGGACACGCCGGAAAGACCCUCGUGACGGAUUUAAGAGAUACACCGGUGGCUGGAACAUCAGCAAUGAACAUUACUGGGCUUCUGUUAACUAUACCGCGACGCCCUUCCUUGUCAUUGCUGUCGUAUGGUUCAAGAUUUUCGGGAUAAGCUUGUGCCUAACCUGUAUCUGCAACUUCUGUCGCCCUAAAGAGCCUUAUGGUUAUUCUAGAAGAGCUUAUGCUCUCUCUCCCAUCUUCCUCGUUUUCUUCACCCUUGCCGCAAUCAUUGGAUUCAUUGUUUUGUUCUCCGGUCAAGGAAAGUUCCAGGGAAGUUCAACCGAUGCACUGAACCAUGUUGUUAGUCAGGCAAAUACAACUGCUGCAAAGCUCAGGAAUGUGUCAUAUAAUCUCAGUGCAGCUAAGCGGAUUGGAGUUGAUGCUGUGUUUCUGCCAGAAGAUGUCCAGAAGAAAAUUGACAAUAUCGUAACAAAAAUUGACGCUUCUGCAGCUACACUUUCUGAUAGAACAAAAAAGAAUUUAAAGACUAUAAAAGAUAGUUUAAAUACCAUGAGGAUCCUUCUCAUUAACCUUGUUGCAGCUAUGAUCUUUCUGGCCUUGCUUGGAAUUUUAUUUUCGAUCCUAGGGAAGCAAGUUGGUGUACACAUCUUGGUGAUUGUCGGGUGGAUUCUUGUCACGUUAGCGUUCAUAUUGUGCGGUGCAUUUGUUGUCCUCCACAAUGCGAUUGGAGAUGCAUGUGUCGCCAUGGAUGAAUGGGUUCAGAACCCUAAACCUCAUACUGCAUUUGACGAUAUACUCCCAUGUGUGGACCAUGCUACUGCCCAGGAGGCUGCGUUGCGCACCAAGGAUGCAACCUUCCAGCUUGUUACCGUGGUUAACCAUGUCAUAACCAAUGCUUCGAAUGUCGACAAUCAGUUAGACAGACCUGUACCUCUUCUUUGCAACCCUUUCCAUUCAAAUCUCAUCGACCGACAUUGUAUCUCCGGUGAAGUGCCACUGCAAAAUGCCACGCAGGUAUGGAAGAAAUAUGUGUGUGAGGUUUCAAAGGCUGGUACUUGUACAAAACCGGGCAGCUGGCUGACUCCCACAUUGUACGGACAAAUGGAAACUACUGCAAAUCUGAGCUACGUACUCUACGGUUACGUUAAAUUCUUGACGAAUCUGCAAUCCUGCAGAUCUGUUAGGGAUGCAUUCAGAGACAUAAGCAGUGGGAAGUGUCAUGGUUUGGAAAAACACAGCAGCUGGAUUUACAUUGGUUUGGCAAUGGUGUCUGCAGCUCUGGUGCUUUCAAUGAUCUUCUGGGUUAUCUACGCGAGGGAACGAAGUCAUCGUCUUUAUAUCGAAAACUGCUUUCUGGAGAGAGCCAUAUAGGAAAUUCCAAGACAAGGAGGGUGCUUAUUUUAAAGAUUUUCGUAUGUAAUUAAGCAUCUAAUUAGUUUUCUAAAUCUGUUUAAUCUGCAAGUAGAUUUGAGUGAUUUUAUCUUAAGUUCUGUUUUUGUAAUUAUCUUAAGAUUUGAUUAUUGUAUCAUGCAGUAGUCAUUUUUAGAAGAGAAAUGGGAUAUAUAAACUUAUAAUCUAAAGGUGAUGGAUCAAUAGC